AUGUCCUCUCACAUCGCCCGGAUAGAGGCCGCCAUUCGGUCGCACAUCCUGGACAACGAGGAAGACUUCCUCGGCAGCGUCGGCGGCGUCUCGGAGCUUUCCCGCCGCACCGAGGAGUUCAGAGACGGCGUGCGCGAGCUCCGGCGCUCCUUCGCGAGGCAUCGACCGCGCUAACCGGCUGACCAAUUAAAAGACGUCAGUGCCAGCGGGUAAAAAUCAAGGUCCCUGGAAGGGGGCCAAAAUUCGAAAAAUGCGCAAUGCGCUUGAUGCGAAUGCCAAUACGACUCUCUCCACAUGUUCUUUCACGUAGACACACAUCUCAGCUACACAAAUGCCCUCGCUCGAACCUAGGAAGCCACUGAUGCAAAGAGCGGAGGACAGCAAAAGGGUUAUUUCAAGCCCAGCCGAAGCCAGGAUAUCGUGGUAUGCUGCAUCUCCCAAGUUGAUAAUCAUACACUCCCAAGAUCCAACAGUCAUCGUGUCAGCAGCUAGACUCAAACAAAAUAGCAACACAUACACUGCCAUAGCUCCACACAUGCCCUCGUCCGAACCUAGCAAGCCACUUGGAAGUCACGAGGGAGCCAAGUCCUGCUCGCAGGUUCUCUUGGCUUUUUCCUUCAGGUGAACACGUCCAGGAAUCCAGUAUCCGCAGCCGCCGCAGCAGUACUGCUGUACUGUGUAGUAGUAGCAGGAAAUCCAGGUUGUACCCAUCCGUUGUCCAAACAAAGAUUUGUGAUUCCGUGAGAGAAGGAGAUACCGCCGCCGUCGAAGGGUCGAAGACACUGUUUGCCAGAUGUAGGCUGUGAGAUGGAUAGAGCCACCUAUGUGUUCUUAGCCUGCCCGCCCGUGAGGGUCGUGACGAGGCCGCUUGGUAACACAGUGUGUGUGU